CAACACAGUUUCAGGUGAUGGAGAUCGUUCGGACAAGAAGAGAGAUGCUGAGAUUGAUGAGAACAAAGUGAAAGCGCCAAACAUGUUCGAACGAGCAAAAGAGGAGUUUGAUGCUGUUUUUCAUCAACGCAAGAGUUUUAAGGAUGGAUCUGACAAAAUGGAGAUCAAAUCAGAGAAACCAGAAGAUGGAAAGAAGAAACCGAACAUGAUGAAAAAGGCCAAGGAUGAACUCAAAUCUUUAUUCCAGAAGGAGAAACCUCAUCGCCAUCACCAUCAUCAUCAUCAUCAUCAUCAUCAUCACAAAGAAACUCAUGGAAGGAGUGAUGAUAUCAAUGAGAACACUCCGGUGGAUGAAGUGAAGGCUCCUAAUGUUUUCGAGAGAGCCAAGGAAGAGAUCCAGGCCGUCAUUGACAGCAUCCAGCCCAAGAAGAAGAAUGAGACAGAGGGUUCUGAUUUACCUAAGUCUCCUCGGUCUGUCUCACCGGAGAAAGAGAGAGCUGGACUCGGUUGCUCUAUUGGAAAGGGGCUGGAAAAGAUUUGCUCUCCUUGGGGUGAUGAUAAAAAAGAUUGAAUUGUAUUCAUAUGAUUGAUUGAUAUGAUCAUGAACUCUUGUUUUCUAAUUGUCCUUGUAGAAACUUGGUUUUAAGUUUGAAUGAGUUUGUUGGUUAUUAGGUA